AUGGCCAAGUAUUGCUUAAAAAAACCAAGUAAGCGACAAGCAUGUGCGAAACGUUAUAAAAUAGCGAAGAAAGUCAGGGAACAUAACAGGAAACUUAAGAAAGAGACGAAAAAAAACAAAGCGAAAGUGUGGAAAGCCAAAAAUAAGCCAAUAAAUGUUCCAAACAAAUGCCCAUUUAAAGAAGAAAUAUUGUUGCAAGCAGAGAAAGAACGAGAACGCAUUGAGUGUGAGAAAUGUGAGAAGAAAAAAGCUAUGAAGCAGAAGCAUCCCGAUGUGACAAGGAUUGGCGCGAAGCGCAAGUGUAUAUCUGGUGACUUGGCUACACUGGCUUUGAAGGCGGAAGGAAUGUCGCAACAUUCUGAAAAUCAAAAUAUGGGAAAUUUAGAAGAAAAUCGCGAAAAAAUGCAGAAACAAUAUGCUAAUGAAGUUCGGAAAAUUGUUGAAUCUGCAGAUGUUAUUAUUGAGGUGCUUGAUGCCCGAGAUCCAUUAGGGAGCAGAAACAGAAGUGUCGAAGCAAGUAUUCUAAAUGCAGGAAAGCGACUUAUUUUGCUUCUAAAUAAGAUUGAUCUCGUACCGAAAGAAAAUGUGAAGAAAUGGCUUGUGUAUUUGCGGCAACAAUCGCCAACUAUUGCUUUUAAAGCUUCAACUCAGGAACAGACUCGUAAUUUGGGACGUUUCAGUUCAUCAAAUUUGCAUUUUUCAACUUCAAAAUGUGUUGGAGCAGAUCUUGUGAUGAAGCUUUUGUUAAAUUAUUGCAGAAAUAAUGACAUCAAGACAUCAAUUCGGGUGGGAGUAGUAGGUUAUCCGAAUGUCGGUAAAAGUAGUUUCAUCAACAGUUUGAAAAGGAAGCGAGUUUGUGACGUUGGUGCUAUACCAGGAAUCACGAGACAAGUGAAAGAAGUAGAUCUGGACAAGCACAUCCGAUUACUGGAUUCUCCCGGUGUAAUAUUGGAGCCAAAAGGUCGUUUGGACAGUAGUGAAAUUGCUCUGAAAAAUGCGAUACGAGUGGAAAGUCUAGCUGAUCCCACUCUUCCAGUACAAGCUAUUUUAAGGCGAUGUUCUCGAGACAGUUUGAUUCUUCACUAUGAAAUACCGGAAUUCAAAACUUGUGAUGAGUUCCUAGCCUACAUCGCUCGAAAGGGGGGCCGACUAAAGAAAGGUGGUCGCCCCGAUUUGAAUGCUGCAGCUCGAAAGGUACUAAUGGACUGGAAUUACGGAAGAUUACGAUACUUCACAGAGCCACCUGAGGCUUCGGCAGACGGCAGUUCUGGUUUGUAUUCCGCGGAACUGUUAAGUGAAAUGUCGAGAGAAUUUGAUUUAGAUGCACUGGAUGAUGAGCAGAAAGCUUUGGUGGAAGAAUUACCGACUGAAAGUGCAAUGAAAGUAGCAGUAAAAUAUGACCUGGCCACAACAGCGGAAAGGAAGGAAGGAACUGAUGAUGAAACGCGAAUGGAAGUUGAAAACAUUUCAGGGAAGACUGUUAUUUAUCGUGAAGAAAAGAAAAAAGCACGAGAUGAUAUAGUGAUGAAUGAAAAUAGUUUCCCAGAUUCCUUCAACAUCGAUGGAAACUCUCGAAUAAAUCGUGCAAUUAAGUUAGCAGUGAAAAAAAACAAAAAGAAAAACAAGAAACUCCAGCAUGAAAAAGAUUGUGAAGUAGAAUUCGUCGAAAUCAAGAUAAACAAUUGUCUCUGGCAAUUUUUGAUGACGACGAGUGAUUUAGCAGACAACGUGAGGAAUGUGUUAAGCGCAAAAGUGAAUCAGGGAUACAAGGAACGUUCGAGAAUUCAAAGGCUAGAGAUGGUGAAAAAAUUGCAAGACGGAAGUGCCAAACAACCAGUGCGUCAGUCGCAUCGAAUGCGCAUUUUAAAUACCCGUUUGGGUACACCACCAAAGAUCCUGUUAGAUAUGCUUAAAGACCAUUCAUCUAUCGUUAAAAAAUCACUUCUGGCAGUACCAAAUGUGAAAAAAAUAGAAAAUGUUUCACAGAAAGCAGCAAUAAAUCCAAGUAAACAAAGUGUCAAGUCAUCAAGUACUACUGGCGAACUAUCAGAUGUUAAGCCCCGUCGACAACACAAUUCAAACAAACGGCAUGCUGCGUCAUUUGAAGAAAUGCUUGAAGCUGGACAUUUUUCGAAAAGCAUUUCAAAUGAAACAGUGGCGUCAAAUGAAUCGAGGAAGCCCGAAACUCCUCGAAGCUCAAAAAAUGAAAGAAUGCAUAUUUUAAAUAAAGUUUUGGACAAUACGUCUUCGAAAAUUCGACAUUCUUCUCGCAUUCGUGUCCCGAAUUCACGCUUUGGUUAUUUACUACCUGGUUUUUUGGGUCAAUCAGGAAAUGGAAAAAAAAGAGGCAGAAAGGCAGAUAUAUUGCCAUUGACGCCAGAAGAAGAAAAAGUUGUUGCAUGUGAUAUGACAGUCAAGCCACGUCAUUCUGGACGACUGCGUAUUCCGAGCAAACGUCUUAGUUUUCCAGAUGUUUACCCCGUCAUCCGAGUACAGAAAAAAUCCACUAAAGCAAGACCAAAAAUGGAAAAGGCACUUGUUAAAGUCCAUAAAUGUAAGAAUUCCAGCAAAGAACCAGCAAGCAUUCUAAAAACCCGAUUAAGCGUAAAAGCUACAUCAAAAAAUUUGUCUUUGUCAUCCAGUGCUAAUCGUCAGAUUCACAGCAGCUUAGAGGUUCCAUCGAUAUUAUAUCCGUACAGGCCAGCAAGAAGUCAAGCGCUAUGUGUAGAGCCAUCUUCAUCAAUUACUAAAGAUUAUAUCAGUAAAAGGGAUGUUGAAGAAUUGAUAGCUGAAAUAAAUAAAGCUUUAGCUCUCAUUACCGAUGAAGAUUAUAGUGAAUUGCGUGAGAAAAUCACCCAUCAUCUGAACAAUCUUCAUCGGGAAAACUGCCGUUUUCGUCAAGCUUUACAUCAAUUGAAAUCCGAACUGGAUACUUUAUCAAGCAACUCAGCAGUAAAUCAUUAUAAUAUGCUCAUAAAGCAGAACAGCGAGUUGCGCCAACAGAAAGUCCUUGCCGAUAUCAAAUGCGAAACACAAAUGGAGGAAGUACGUAAACUGCUAGGAAGAAUCAGAAUCCUGGAAAUGCGGAAUAGAAAUCUGGAAGACUUCCGGAAUCGGUUGGUAGAACAAAAAAAGCAGCAACAUUUGAGUGGUGGAGCAAAAUGUCCCGACACCGGUUUGGUAAAUGAUUUGUCCAAGGUGGAAACGCAAAAUCUAACGAAUGCUGAAUUGGAUUCGUUCAUUAUGAAUGGAAUUGAUGGUAUGGUGAAGAAUAAUAAAUCCAAUGAUGAUAAAGUAGAGUGGGGUAACGAUUCGUGGAUGUUGCAUUGCUGA